AUGUCAGGCCUUGAACCGAAUCGAGGCCGAACCAAUCGCCUGCCCGUUCUUGGAUUAUGGGAUGCGGGUAAGGGAAGGGAGGAGAUGGGAGCACCUCGUGAUGAGCGUAGCAUAGAACCCGCAAGAAUAGCAAGUCGAAAUCUGGGAAGUUUCAUCUCUAACGUGACUCCGCGAGUAAAGCUUCAGUAUAUUAACAAGGAAUUGGAACGUUUUUCACACCCGGGGAGGCACGAAUCGUCAACUUGUUGCGCGUUUUAUACGUUGGGAGAUCUGUGGGACUCUUUGGAGGAGUGGAGCGCGUUUGGGGCUGGAGUUCCUAUUCAGCUCGCUAAUGGCACGCAUGCAACUCAAUAUUACGUACCCUCCAUUUCCGGUUUGCAACUAUAUGCUCGAAGCAGCUCCUGGCAGUUACCUGAGUCGAGGAACAGUGGCCCCGACAGUGACUGCAGUGACGUGAGCUUUCAUGAUUCCAGUAGUGACAGCAGCGAGAGCAGUGAUAGGAACGAGGGUCGGGGAGUUGAUGGUGCAGCAAAAGCAGUCGAGGGCUGUGUGAUGGAAUCAUCCGUCGAUGGCGCAUGGGGUUCCAAGAUACACGCGUCACAAUCUCAUAUGAUGGAAGAGCUCCUUACAGGAUUGGAUGGUCACAACUCUGUCGACGAGUGUGCCGCUGUGUCUUGGGAUUCCUGUCAAGACUGUAACGGGGGUCGAUUGUUAUUGGAGUUUUACGAAAGAGCACCUCCUCAUGUGCGGUUGCCACUCUUCUCGAAGGUGGAAGAGUUGGAGAGGGAAUUUCCCUGUCUCAGGCACCUUAGCAGCAUUGAUUUACACCCACGAAGCUGGAUGGCUAUUGCAUGGUAUCCACUAUACAAGAUUCCAGCCGGGCCCAGUGUUCGUGAUCUUGGGGCAUCUUUCUUGACAUUUCACAGUCUCUCUUCACCAGGCCCAUCUUUAUCAGGUUCUUGUGUUCGCUGCAAUGAUGAAUAUUGGAUAUCCCCCAUGAAGCUUCCUCAGUCGUGCAUGUUCUCUCCUCCACCAAGUUCGCACGAGGAAGAGAAUCAUGCCGUGCACUGGAGCGGUGGUUCACUGGCAAGGAUUUCCACCACAGCUUUGGCCCCGUUUGGUUUCACCAGUUACAAGGCCAGUGGGAGCCUGUGGUCUGAUAGGUGGUGCAUACAGGGCCUUGAGGCAGCAGCGGAGCAGUGGCUGAGGCAUAUCAAUUCAUUCUGUUUAGAAGCUUCCGCCAUGUCCUUGCCAUCGCAUUUAGCGGCGUCGCUUCGCUGCUUGCAUGCCGCUCCUUCCGCUCCCCGCCUCCCUUCCCUCCCCUCUCUUGCGUCCUCUGCACUCCACGGCACCGCAUUCCCAGCCGACGUGGAUGCGAUAAUAGCGAGGGGACGGGAGGCGGGCGCGUUUGUGGAACACAGCGCGUGCGUGGUGCCGGGCGCGGCUGACGGGCCGUUGCGCGGGCUGACGUUCGCCGUCAAGGACAUGUACGACGUGGCGGGCGUGCCAACGGGCUUCGGCAACCCCACGUGGCUCGCCACGCAUGACGUCCCGCACACCACCGCCCCCGUCGUGCAGGCGCUACUAGAAGCGGGCGCUACCCUGGUGGGCAAGGCGGCGAUGGACGAGCUGGCAUUCUCGCUGGCGGGGGAGAACGCGCACUACGGCACGCCCCUCAACCCAAAGGCUCCCCUCCGCAUCCCCGGCGGCUCCUCCUCUGGCUCCGCUGCUGCGGUGGCAGCGGGCCUAGUGGACUUCGCCCUGGGCAGCGACACAGCGGGGUCGGUGCGCAUCCCCGCCAACCACUGUGGCGUGUGGGGCAUCCGCUCCUCCCAUGCGCGCCUGCCGCUCACCGGCGCUCAGCCGCUGCAGCCCUCCAUGGAUGCCGCGGUGGUGGGCGGGCGGCCGGAGGAGAUUGUGGUGGCGGGGGAGGAGGGCAGCGAGGUGGGGAGCUUGCACGAGUGGGUGGAGGCCAUGAGGGUGCUGCAGCUAAUGGAGGCGUGGCAGUGUCACGGGCAGUGGAUCACGGAGCACCGCCCUGCGUUUGGCCCCGGAGUGGCACAGCGCUUCCACGCCGCCAGCGCAGUGGACCCACAGGGAGAGGCAGUGGCGCAAGCACGGGAGAAGAGAGCCAAGUUCACAUCGCACGUGGAGAGCCUGGUUGCGGGCGGCAAGCUGCUCAUGCUGCCAGCCGCGCCCAGCAUAGCGCCGCUCAAGGCCGCCCCGCCUGCUGACGUGGACUCCUUCCGCGUGCGCACGCUGGCCCUCACCGUCAUUGGCGGCGCUGCCGGCCUUCCUCAGGUGAAAACAACAGAGGGGCUCAGGUGGGGGUGUGGGGAGGGAUAG